CUUUUGGUGAUGUAAAAUCCAUGUCGAUGGAGUAGAGGAGAGAGCGAAGAAGGAAGAGUGUGAAUUGGUAUCAGUCGGAGCUGCGGUGUGGGGAUGGGGCUCCUGAGCAACCGAGUGGAUCGGAGCGAGAUACAGCCCGGCGAUCACAUCUACACUUACCGUGCCGUCUUCACCUACUCUCACCACGGGAUCUAUGUCGGGGGAAGCAAGGUAGUUCACUUUACACCUGAGCGUAAUGCCGAUUCAAUCGUUGAAGAAUCCGACUCCUAUGAGUCAAUGUCUUCGUCCUGUCCAACCUUCCCUGAUUGCGGAUUCAAGCUACCCAACAGUGGUGUGACACUCACAUGCCUGGAUUGCUUCCUCGGGAAGGGAUCUCUGUACUGCUUUGAGUAUGGGGUUGCCCCCUCAGUGUUCCUGGUCAAAGUCCGCGGAGGCACUUGCACCACUGCCCACUCUGACCCGCCAGAAUCUGUCAUUCACAGGGCAAUGUAUCUUCUUCAAAAUGGAUUUGGCAAUUAUGAUGUCUUUCAGAACAACUGUGAGGACUUUGCGCUGUACUGCAAAACGGGUCUUUUGAUAAUGGACAAACUUGGGGUCGGAAGAAGUGGUCAAGCUUCUUCUGCCGUUGGUGCUCCCCUGGCUGCCAUUCUCUCAUCUCCUCUGAAGUUGCUAAUGCCAAGUCCUGUUGGGGUGGCUACAGUAACAGCUGGAGUGUAUUGUAUGAGCCGGUAUGCUACCGACAUAGGGGUGCGAUCAGAUGUGAUCAAAGUGGCUGUGGAGGACUUGGAUGCGAGCCUAGGCUGGGCAGAAGAGCAUCAUGAGGAAGCAGUGGAGAGGGCACCUUCUGACAGAUUGAUUACAGGGUGAUGUAAAUGGAUGUCUUUCAUGUGAAUAUACAACGGCAUAUACCCGUCCAUGGAGACUUGUCCUGGCCAUGCAUUCAUACCCAUUACCAAAACUACUUUCGGUUCUUUUCCAUCCUCCACCCCUCUGGCUUUCGAACUUUGUCACUAAAUAAUCAGUAACAAUUAACUGUAGUUUGGAUGUAAUUCUUCUUCCUUCUUCUUCUCCUUUUUUUUUUCGGCAGUUGGUCGUAUUUAGUCUAUUGCACAUCGUCAUAUAUUGGAGCUUCUCUCGUUUCUUUUCCGGUUAGUCUGAUUAAGAGCAAGGCUUACAUGAACUAUGACCUUAUUAUCUUUCCCUUUACUGUCUAUUUUGACGUUCAGGUUACUCCAAUUAUGCCUAAUGAGAAAGUUCAUGUAAGACCGCUAGUAAGCUAUUCUUACAACAUUAAGUCUAGUUCC